UGAGUAAAGGGGGAAAUCAAAUUAAAAAAUAAAAAGGAGAAGGGCUUUAACUUCUGAGAUCUGGGACGGCUUUGUCGUUCAGGUGCUUUGUUCAAUAAAGUCUGCUCUUUAGCCUGAUUUCAUUAGUUUUCCUCUCCUGGUGUUGUCAGUGGAAGGUUAUUGUUUGAGAUCUAGGGUUUGGGUUGACGAUAAUGGCGGACCAGAAGAAAUGGAGCUGGGAGAUACCUGGAUUCGAGUCAAGGAAGUCAUUUGAGCAUGAGGAUCAUAAACCCGCUCCUCUUGUUCGGAGGUAUUCGAUGUCGACGUCUUCGAUUUUGUCCCAGCCUGACUCCUCCAAAAACGCUUUAGCUGUCAAAGUUCAGAAACUGAAAGACAAAGUGAAGCAUGCAAGAGAAGAUUACUUGGAGUUGAGACAAGAAGCAAGUGACCUGCAGGAGUACUCUAAUGCAAAACUUGAUCGAGUUACACGCUAUUUGGGUGUUCUUGCCGAUAGGGCUCGUAAGCUUGAUCAUGUUGCCCUUGAAACUGAAGCUAGAAUUUCGCCACUGGUCAAUGAGAAGAAAAGGUUGUUCAAUGACCUUUUGACUGCCAAAGGAAACAUAAAGGUAUUUUGUCGUACAAGACCACUAUUUGAAGAUGAAGGCUCGCCAAUAGUUGAGUUUCCUGAUGAUUUCACCAUCCGUAUUAACACUGGUGAUGAUUCUUUAUCCAACCCAAAGAAGGAUUUUGAAUUUGAUAGGGUGUAUGGACCACAUGUUGGGCAAGGGAUGCUUUUCCAUGAUGUUCAACCAUUUGUGCAGUCAGCCUUGGAUGGUUAUAAUGUUUCUGUAUUUGGUUAUGGGCAAACCCGUUCUGGAAAGACACAUACCAUGGAAGGAUCUAGUUAUGAUCGUGGUCUGUAUGUUCGAAGUUUUGAGGAGCUGUUUGAUUUAUCCAACUCGGAUACAACUUCUGCUUCUCGGUUUAAUUUUUAUGUUACGAUGUUUGAGCUCUACAAUGAACAGGUGCGAGAUUUGCUCUCUGAAACUAGAAACGGUCUACCUAAGGUUCGGAUGGGACCGCUAGAUUCUUUUGCAGAACUUGCCCAAGAGAAGGUUGAGAAUCCUCUGGACUUCUCUAAAGUUGUUAAAGCAGGCAUUCAGUAUCGGGGAACUGAUAUGGAAAAAUUCAACGUUUCUCAUUUAGUUGUAACCAUUCAUGUACACUAUAGCAAUUGGAUCACUAGAGAAAACUUAUACAGCAAGCUUUCUCUUGUUGAUUUGGCUGGAAGUGAAGGUUUGCUGGUGGAUAAUGCAAGUGGAGAGCGUGUAACAGACUUAUUGCAUGUGACGAAGUCACUUUCAGCGUUGGGAGAUGUUUUAUCUUCUUUGACAUCAAAGAAAGAUAUUGUACCUUAUGAAAACUCUAGACUUACCUCAUUACUUGGAGACUCACUAGGUGGAAGCUCAAAGACUCUGAUGAUUGUCAAUUUGUGUCCUAAUGUUUCAAACCUCUCUGAAACUUUAUCCUCCCUCAAUUUUUCUGCAAGAGCUCGCAAUGCUGAACUUAGUCUUGGUAAUCGAGAUACGAUUAAGAAAUGGAGAGAUGUUGCAAAUGAUGCACGCAAGGAAUUAUAUGAAAAGGAAAAGGAAAUCCAUGAUCUAAAGCAAGAGCUCGUGGGAUUAAAGCAGGCAUUCAAAGAUGCAAAUGAUCAAUGUGUCCUACUGUUCAAUGAAGUCCAGAAGGCUUGGAAAGUUUCUUUUACACUGCAGUCAGAUUUAAAGUCAGAAAAUAUAGUACUUGCUGAAAAGCAUAAGAUCGAAAAGGAUCAAAAUGCUCAACUUAGAAAUCAAGUUGCUCAUCUUUUGCAAUUGGACCAAGAUAAAAAAAUGCAGAUAAAACAACAAGAUUCAACCAUUCAGGCUCUCCAGGCCAAAGUAAAGAGCAUUGAAUCACAACUGGGUGAAGUUCUACAUUCUGGUGGUGUGGGGUCAACAAUUGCCUCCGAGUCUGGGUCUUCUGAUGGUGCCUCAAUAACGAAGGCAGCAGGGGAUAUCGUGGAUUCAUUGGCAGUUACCAAGAAACUCGAAGAAGAGCUAUCAAAACGGGAUGCACUUAUUGAGAGGUUGCACGAGGAAAAUCAGAAGCUAUUUGAUAGAUUGACAGAGAAAGCUAAAUUUGGUGGAUCUCCUCAGGUUUCAAGUCCUUCCACUAGAAGUUCAUUAGAUCUUCAGACUCAGGACCUGAGAAGGAGUGAUAAUAGAAAAGAACAUUCUCUUGAUGUUCUUCCAUUGCCAUCAACCCCAGAGACGUUUGAUGGUACACUUGCUCUAGUUAAAUCAGGCAAUGAGAAAGUAAAGACUACACCAGCCGGAGAAUAUCUUACUUCGGCAUUGAUGGACUUUGAUCCUGAACAAUAUGAGAGCCUUGCAACUGUUGCGGAUGGUGCAAACAAGCUUUUAAUGCUGGUUUUGGCUGCAGUCAUCAAAGCAGGUGCUGCAAGAGAGCAUGAAAUACUAGCCGAAAUAAGAGAUGCAGUAUUUUCAUUUAUCCGCAAGAUGGAGCCAAGGAGGGUGAUGGAUACCAUGCUUGUUUCUCGUGUUAGAAUUUUGUAUAUAAGAUCUUUGAUUGCUAGAUCACCCGAGCUGCAAUCCAUUAAGGUUUCUCCGGUUGAGCGCUUUUUAGAGAAGGUUAAUACUGGUGUUAGUAGAAGCUCCAGCCGGGGCAAUAGUCCUGGCAGGUCUCCAGUGCGUUUUGAUUCCAGCACAAGGAGCUCCCUGGUUGAUGAGCACUUUCAUGGCUUUAAAGUGAAUAUAAAGCAAGAAAAGAAAUCGAAGUUAUCAUCAAUUGUUUUGAAACUCCGAGGGAUUGAUCAGGAGACAUGGAGGCAGCAUGUUACUGGUGGAAAGCUAAGGGAACUAACCGAGGAAGCAAAAAGUUUUGCAAUUGGGAACAAGGCUCUUGCAACUCUCUUUGUUCACACUCCAGCUGGUGAGCUACAACGCCAAAUCAGAUCGUGGUUGGCAGAGAACUUUGAGUUUCUUUCUGUUACUGGGAGUGAUGCCAUAGGGGGAACAACUGGGCAACUGGAGCUUCUUUCAACAGCCAUUAUGGAUGGAUGGAUGGCUGGUCUUGGUGCAGCAUCGCCACCCAAUACCGAUGCUCUAGGCCAGCUUCUAUCUGAGUAUGCUAAGCGGGUUUAUACUUCUCAAUUACAGCACUUGAAGGAUAUUGCCGGAACCUUAGCAACAGAAGAAGCAGAGGACUCUGCACCAGUGGCUAAGCUUCGUACCGCACUUGAGUCUGUUGAUCAUAAGAGAAGAAAGAUUCUGGAACAGAUGCGAAGUGAUGCAGCUUUACUAAUGGUAGGAGAAGGUGGUUCACCUAUUCAAAAUCCUUCCACUGCAGCAGAAGAUGCACGGUUGGCCUCUCUUAUAUCCCUUGAUGGCAUAUUGAACCGAGUCAAGGACAUAAUCAGACAGGCCUCUGUAAACUCACUAGGCAAAAGUAAGAAGAAGGCCUUACUUGCAUCUCUACAUGAUCUUGCAGGGCAGAUGCCUUCUCUUCUUGAGAUUGAUCAUCCUUGUGCCCAGAGACAAAUUGCUAAUGCUCGUAGUGUGGUCGAGGUAUGCCUCUUGUAUUUUGCAACUGGAGAUGUUUGAUUGCAAGUAAUUCUU